AUGUUGCGCAUACCAGGAAUGCCAUUUCUACCAGGCACUACUUUCCGGGAUAUGUCUCGUACGAAUUUCCCGAAACCCCAGAGCUUGAUGAAUUUUCAAGGCAUCAGCAUGCUGAACGAUCGCAAGCCGCCAGCCAUGGUGGAUUCCGGGGGAAUGUGCAUUGAUAUUAAUUGUCCACCCACGACCACACCUUCACUUUAUCCUCCAAAGACUGGCCCUAAACUACCGCCAUGGAUUGCCUACGACAAAAAAGUACUCGGUUUCGACGCUUUCUUCAAGGAAACUCUACAUGAGGUGUACAAUGCUCCAUAUCAAGUACGUAAAGUGAAAAUUAUGUACUACCUCGAAGAUGGUACCAUGCAAAUCAUUGAACCGAAAGUCGAUAACUCUGGCAUUCCGCAAGGUUGCCUGGUUCACCGUCAACGUAUACCGAAACCGCCGCCAUGUCAAAAUGAAUUUAUCUCAAUAUUGGAUUUGAAUGUUGACACAAGCAUACAAAUAUUUGAUCGCACUUAUUAUAUAACAAAUUGUGAUAUUUUCACUCGCCACUUCUUGAAUCGUUCGGGUAUAGCCGUGCCCGAUCCUGUCGAUAUGCCAGUUGAUCCCACGACUGAAAUGCGAAAAAGAUCGGGGAAGAAGGCGCAUAAUCAACCACCAAAAAAACAUUCACUCGCACAGUUCUUGGCUUUUGAUCGACAAGUACUUAAAUUCCUUGGUUACUGGGAUGAUCGUUCGGAGUUUGGUGACGUACGAAAAUUAGAAGUAUGUUAUUAUUUAGCUGACGAUACGAUAGACAUCAAGGAAAUUUUUCCACGAAACUCAGGCCGGGAAGGUCCAUCACUUUUCCUCAAAAGGGGCAAACUACCGAGGGUAAGUUUUAAUUGGGAAAAAAUUCUUGAUCGUUUUGUACUUCGUUUUGGCGCAAAACUGCUAUCCACUAUCCGUGAGAAUUGUGAACGUAUUUUUAUUAUUUCAUAUUACUUAUCCGAUGACACAAUACAAAUCUUUGAGAUUGCCGAACGCAACUCUGGAUUUCUUGGUGGCGAGUUCAUGAAGCGCACUCGGAUACCGUUGCCGGGGCAGGAAAAGUUCACGUCGAGGCGCCCGCAAUACUAUCAGCCAUAUAAUUUUUAUAUUGGCGCAACAAUAAGCCUGAAGGACCACAUAUUCCACAUUGUUUCGGCUGACGAAUACACACUCAUCUACAUGGAACAUCAUCCAUAUGAGUUCCCAAUGGCUGAUAUCAAAUCAGUAAUGGCGAAAAUUAGCGAAGCUGCAAAAGCUGAUUACAAAGGCUUCCUAUGUCAAUGCCUACCCGAGGGCGUUGAGUCUAAUAAAGAUGUUCAAUUUAUUGGUUUUGAUUCACUUAAACGUGCUCUUAUAAAUCUUUUGGGCGACAAGAUCACUAACCACGAAAUCAUUACGGUCUGUCGCUAUUUCUCCGCGGAGAAAGCACCGCCGCAGUCAUGCAAUCGGGAAACGGUACGUGCGGCUGUUCAUUUGGAGUUGAAGCGCUCCCUAUGGAAUGCAAUGGAUGAACUGAAAGAACAUUUGCACCACAUCAAUCCACUCAACAAGCCAUUCCUCUCCGAGGCUAAACUACGUUCCACAAUGAAAGGUUGCCGUUUACCUUUCGUUCCAGAACUAAUCGACGAUCUGCUUAGCGUUUUGAACCAUAAUGACUGCGGUGAGGUUGAGGUGUGCGACUUCCUUAACUUCAUAGAUAUGGAAUGUGGCAAGGUACCCGACAUAGCGCCAAUGAAUAUAAACUUUGAGCUAUGCCCCAAGAUACCUUUCCUGCAUAAGGGCCGUUUGGUGAAUAUCACCUGCUUCCUUCAGCAUCUGGGCUUAGAUGAAGAUGCAAAGCCAAAGGAAGAUGAGGUUGUUUAAUGUGAGGUCUAAUUAGACCACUGAAAAGAUAUACCACUAUUUAUAUAAGACUUAAAUCUC